AUGAGGCCCGGCGUGGGCGGGCCGGCUGACACGGGGUCACCGCGGGUCGCCCCGCCGCCGCCGCCGCCCCCGCCGCCCGCGCAGGUGCCGCGCCGGACGCGACACGCGCCCCCUGCUCUGCUGCCCGCCGUGGGCCCUCCGAGACAGUUCGGGAGGCGGCAAAGAAAACGACGAGACUUCAAAAAGUGUAACCUGGCGCUGAACGGCAUCUCCUCGACGUCUCCGGUGCUCAUAUUGGACAAACUGUGCACCCGCCGCCAGGUGUCAGCAGUUGUCACGACCGCAGCCGUGAGGUCGCGCCUGUUGGGCUGGCUGGCCCCGGAGGGUGUCGCGGAGCCGGCCGAGCGGAUUGAAAUAUUAGCGUUUGGAGCGCCGCUGUCGUCGCUGCCCUUGGCGCGCCGUGAUUUAGGGCCGUCCCUGGAAUGCGGGGGCGGUGCCGGUGCCGGCCACCCUCCACCCUUCCCCGCCGCCCUCAUCCCUCAGCGCGGACACACCUACGCGAGAGCAAAGAGGACAGAGAUAGUAGUACAGGAGCCGGCAGCCGUGUUGCCGGCCAGAGACAGGCUGGAAGCGAGUGUGCCGCCCCUGCCCCCGCCCCCGCCCCCACGGCCGCCUCCACCCCCGCCCCCUGCGGAGAGCCCUAAUGAAGCGGCGGUCGCUAAUGCUGGACCAUAG